UUACUGUCACUGGUAGUUCUUCGUUUCCCAUCUGUGAACAAAAUGCCGUUAAAGUUUGAGCUGUGUCCCGGUCGAAUGAUCGGAGGUAACCAUCCAUGUUUCAUCAUAGCUGAGAUUGGACAAAAUCAUCAGGGAGACAUUGAGGUUGCCAAGAAAAUGAUCAAGAUGGCAAAGGACUGUGGUGCUGACUGUGCCAAAUUCCAGAAGAGUGAAUUAGAGUACAAAUUUAACAAGCGAGCCUUGGAGCGGCCAUACACCUCCAAACAUUCCUGGGGGAAAACAUAUGGCGAACACAAGCGCCAUCUGGAGUUCAGCCACGAGCAGUACAGGGAACUGCAAAAAUAUGCUGAGGAGGUGGGGAUCUUCUUCACUGCCUCAGGGAUGGACGAGAUGGCAGUGGAGUUUCUCCAUGAGCUCAAUGUGCCUUUCUUCAAAGUGGGAUCUGGAGACACCAACAACUUCCCCUAUCUGGAAAAGACUGCCAAGAAGGGACGUCCCAUGGUGGUGUCCAGCGGGAUGCAGUCCAUGGAGACCAUGCGCCAGGUCUACAAGAUAGUGAAGGAGCACAACCCAAACUUCACCAUCCUGCAGUGCACCAGCGCCUACCCUCUGGAAGCUGAAGACGUCAACCUCAGAGUGAUCACUGAAUACCAGAAGGAAUUUCCUGAUAUUCCCAUUGGGUAUUCCGGCCACGAGUCUGGGAUCAGCAUUUCAGUGGCGGCCGUAGCUCUUGGGGCAAAGGUCAUCGAGCGUCACAUAACCUUGGACAAGACGUGGAAAGGAAGUGACCAUGCAGCCUCACUGGAGCCCUCUGAGCUGGUGGAGCUGGUCCGCUCCAUCCGACUGGUGGAGAGGGCAUUGGGCAGCGGCCUCAAGCAGAUGUUACCCUGUGAAAAGCCUUGCCAUGAUAAGCUGGGCAAGUCAGUGGUGGCCAAAGUAAAGAUCCCCAAAGGAACCGUCCUCACUCUGGACAUGUUGACAGUGAAGGUGGCCGACCCCAUGGGAGUUGCAGCUGAGGACAUCUUCCAGCUGGUUGGUAAGACCGUGACGGAGGAUGUGGAGGAGGACGAGAGCGUUGUGCCAGGAGUGGUGGACAGCUACGGCAAGAGGGCUAAGUGUUGAGGAUGGAAGAGAGGUUUGAAAUAAGUAGAAAAAAAGGCACUUAAUUUGAGAGGAAAUUGUUUUUUGUUUUUUUUUUCUUCUGGGGAUAAUUCUGAAGGAGCUCAAGACGACACAUGCAGGAUGGUGAUGGUAAUUUUGUUGGGUGCUGCUGAGAUCUCUGACUUUCACGAGUCACAGAUGAUCAGUAGCUGGUUGCAUACUGGUACUGGACAUUGCAUUAGAGUCUGAUAGUUUGAAUAUUAUCACAGCUACUAAGCUCUGAUAACUCAGUCUCUCCCUCAGCUCUCCAUUGCCAAAGCAUUUUUACAUUUUCCAAAAGCCUUCUUUAUAAAAUACACACACUUUUUGGCUUUUUGUUAGACCUAUCAUUAUCUUAUAAUAGGCUCAGUGGUAGUUUCAACACUCUGAUCAGUGCAUUACUACUAAACAUACUUUGCACUAUAGAGAUUAAAUGAACACUGAACAUGGAGGUCAAGCUGCUACUAGUCAUGUCUUCACACAUCACAGAGCCUGUCAGCCCAAAAGUCAGUGUAUUUGUUUUCUAACCUUCUCAUUGAGCUGUCAGAGGAUUGUCAACUAGCACCAGAAUGGCUCUAGUCAUUGAAAUGUCUGGUACUGAAUCAAACAGAGUUUGUGUUCGUACAGCUGAUUAAUGUUGCUUUUGUCAUCAGCCAGACUUCUUCUGUCUUUGUUCUGGCACCAACAGUGUCCACUGACCAUAAUGUAAGGACGAUGGAAUGUUAACGUACACUUCUUGUUAACGUGGAAAUCUGAUGAGACUCUGUCGAGAAAUCUACGAUGAUCUGAAAAGAUGAAGCCCUCGAAUAAAAUAUCUAUAUUGCCAAAAUCUCUUUGAAACAUUACUUUGAUGUUUAGCUGGUGUUAAGCAUGCAUCGCAGUACUUCUAUUGUUAUGGCAGCUUCUUUAUAUAUGCUUAAUAUUUUCUGUAUAGCAGUACUAUGGUUUAUAAUGCUAUACGAUUAUACUACAGUGCAUAAUGUCUUACUUUUCUUUUGCUAUGUAAAGUGGUGUGUGCGUUGUGCAUCAUUUUAGAUCCCAAAGUGUUUCGUUUUGAUCAGAUGAUCUGUGUGGACAUGAAGAGGUUGUUCCUGUCCUGCAGAGUUCAUGAUGCUAAAUACACACGCCUUCCUUCAGUAUCCUUUGUGACCUAAGAGUCACAAAAUAGCAGAUGAUAACGGCCCACUGUGUGUUCCAGCUCCCUACAAGCAAGUUCACAUUU